AUGUAUCUCAAUGGAAAAAUGAACCAAGCAGCUGCUUCCACUGACCCCAACUCGUCUCUCCUCACCCUUGGAGGCACCGCACCUGCAGGCAGGAAAGCAACGCUCACUACGCCUGGCGGCGUGAAAGCCGAGUGCAGCAACUGUGGUGCUACUCAUACUCCGCUGUGGAGGAGGGGUCUGAACGACGAGUUGGAUUGUAACGCAUGCGGUCUUUACUGCAAAUUGCAUAAACGCCCCCGCCCAAAGUCUAUGAGUGGGAGUCAUGGUGAGGGACGACGCGGUGGUGCAUCAUCCCUUGCUUCUGCUUUGUCUGCACUUGCCUCUGCUGCUGCGCUGCCUUCUUCUUCAGCGACGCCUGUUGGGGAGGUGGUCAGUCCUGCUGCGACUACAGUCACUGCAAGUGCAGGUCCGGGUGCAGGUUCAAAUGCAAAUGCGAGUGCAGCUGCGAAUGCAAAUGCCAGCGCAAGCACGAGUGCAAGUGCAGGAAUGGGCAUGGGUGCGGGCAGAGGAGAGCCUGUAGAAAUUUUAGGCAGCGCGCAGUGCUACAACUGUCAUACGACUACAACGCCUUUGUGGAGGAAAGACGACGAAGGGAAGACCGUAUGCAACGCAUGCUGUCCUUACUAUAAACUUGACGGCUCCGCAUGCCUAAUUAGCAUGAAGAUCUCCUGCACCCGUCGAUGAUGCUUCCCCAGGAAGAAGAGAGUUUUUUCGCGACGUAUUUGCAUCCACCGAUGAUUCUCCCGCAGGAGGGUGAGCAGGUGUAGCAUGGGUACGAGUAUGGGCAGGGGAAGCACUAUGAGACGGGUGGGAUGC